ACGCGGACCGCAACGCUUCAUCGCAAUUGUUUUUAUACAUUUUUCGCCGAGUGAAACGCACACGCAGAAAUAGCAGCAGAAGCAUCAAGAUGGCAACUCAGAAAAUUGCACUUUUGAGCGUUUCGGACAAGACGGGUCUGCUUGAUCUUGGCAAGAAUCUCGCCUCACUGGGCUAUGAGCUGGUGGCUAGUGGAGGCACUGCCACCACACUGCGAGGUGUGGGACUUGUUGUCAAAGAUGUGUCCGACAUUACCGGUGCCCCAGAGAUGCUGGGUGGUCGCGUCAAGACGCUGCAUCCGGCCGUGCAUGCGGGCAUCUUGUCUCGCACCACAACAAGUGAUUUGGCAGACAUGAAGCAACAGCACUACGAUCUGAUUAGCCUGGUCGUGUGCAAUUUGUAUCCCUUUGCCAGCACUGUGGCCAAGCCCGAUGUGACAAUAGCCGAUGCGGUGGAGAACAUUGAUAUUGGCGGCGUGACUUUGCUGAGGGCCGCCGCUAAGAAUCAUCAACGCGUCACUGUCGUCUGUGAGGCCGCCGAUUAUUCACGUGUGCUGCGGGAGCUUGCUGAGCUGGGCGAUACUAAGCUGGAAACGCGGCAGAUGCUCGCUUUGAAGGCCUUCACACAUACUGCCAGCUACGAUGACGCCAUCUCGGACUAUUUCCGUAAACAAUACGGCGCCGGCGUCUCCCAGCUGAAUUUGCGUUACGGAAUGAAUCCUCACCAGAAGCCGGCCCAGCUUUACACACAGCUUGCCCAGCUACCAUUGCGCGUUGUCAACGCCUCGCCCGGUUUUAUAAAUUUAUGCGAUGCCCUGAACGGUUGGCAACUUGUCCGGGAGCUUAAGCAGGCCCUGAAAUUGCCCGCUGCUACGAGUUUCAAGCACGUAUCUCCUGCCGGCGCUGCUGUGGGUGUUCCGCUCAGUCCGGAGCAGGCCAAGCUGUGUAUGGUUGAUGAUCUGUAUGAGCUGCUGACGCCGCUAGCCACCGCCUAUGCGCGUGCACGUGGUGCCGAUCGCAUGAGCUCCUUUGGUGACUUCGUUGCCCUGUCCGAUGUAUGCGAUGUGGUCACUGCCAGGAUCAUAGCGCGUGAAGUGUCUGAUGGCAUUAUAGCUGCUGGCUAUGAGCCCGAGGCUUUGGAGAUUCUUAAGAAGAAGAAGAACGGCAGCUAUUGCAUCCUGCAGAUGGAUCCCAACUAUGAGCCAAGUGCUCUGGAGCGGAAGACCAUUUUUGGGUUGACACUGGAGCAGAAGCGCAACGAUGCUGUGGUAGAUGCCAGUCUCUUUAAAAACGUGGUCAGUAAACGAGGUCCAUUGCCCGCGGCCGCUGUGCGCGAUCUGACCGUGGCCACCAUUGCGCUAAAGUACACUCAAAGCAAUUCUGUGUGUUAUGCCCGUGACGGUCAAGUUAUAGGCAUUGGCGCCGGUCAACAGUCGCGCAUACACUGUACUCGCCUAGCUGGCGAGAAGGCCGACAACUGGUGGCUACGACAGCAUCCUCUCGUCGCCGGAAUGAAGUUUAAGACGGGUGUGAAGCGCGCGGAGAUUUCCAACGCCAUUGACAACUUUGUGAAUGGCACCGUGGGCAAGGAUAUGCCAUUUGCCCAGUUCGAAAGCAUGUUUGAUAAGCCACCUGCCCAGUUAACCGAAGCGCAGAAGCUGGAAUGGCUAAAUCAACUGAAUGGAGUCUCACUUGGCUCGGAUGCUUUCUUCCCCUUUAGGGACAAUAUCGAUCGUGCGCGUUUGAGUGGCGUUUCCUACAUAGCCAGUCCCGCAGGCUCAACUAAUGAUGCGGGUGUCAUAGCCGCUUGCGAUGAGCAUGGCAUAAUUAUGGCGCACACAAAUCUGCGUCUGUUCCACCACUGAUGACAAUUACGUAUACGAUUCCUAUCGAAAGUUUCCAAUUCAUGAAUCGAAUUUAAUGGUUUAUUGUUUAUGAUAUCGUAUAUCUAGGAGAAUUUAUUCUCAACUCUCGGCUUAAGCAUUGCACAUUCCUCAUACUGCAAACACGACAAUAAAG